CCUACCUGCCUAUCUGGAGAACGGCAAUGUCAGUCUGUACUCCGUUGCUGGCUUAGCGGACGGCCAAGUGAUUCUGACCGAUCGGAACAGAGUGUACGUACUUUUCUUCCUUUUGUCUCACUUUUUCCUCUUAUCUUUUUUCCGUUCUCCUUCUUCUUCUGUUUUAUGCCUCUCGCUUACCUCCCCGCUUCCCCCUGGUACCGCCGCGUCCCGAUGUUCGGUCUGGGUAAUCGGAAGGUCCUCAAGUACUCCGCCAUCGAGACGUCGCUCUCCAUCGAUGUCGAGGAUACCGUCACGUGCUUCUGCAGAAAAGCCAGACGAAAGGAGAAGGAUGCGGGAACCACGGAGGAUCCAAAAUUGUACUUGGAGGAGGCAGCUCUUGAGAGGCAGUUGCCGGAGCUGGACCUGAGGAUGCUCGUGGAUUUACCGCCCGGUCUGGAUUACAAUGAGUGGCUGGCAUCGCAUACUCUCGCACUGUUCGACCACAUUAAUCUCGUUUACGGCACUAUAUCCGAGUUCUGCACCAUGACAGGCUGCCCUGACAUGACCGGACCCGGCUUAAGAACGUAUCUGUGGUUUGAUGAGAAGGGGAAGAAAACGAGGGUGGCAGCACCACAAUACAUAGAUUACGUUAUGACAUUUACACAACGCACCGUUAGCGACGAAACUAUAUUCCCUACAAAAUAUGCAAACGAGUUUCCUAGCUCGUUUGAGUCGAUAGUGCGUAAGAUUCUGCGGCUAUUGUACCACGUGGUGGCGCACAUCUACCACAGCCAUUUCAGGGAUGUGGCACUGUUGGGGUUACACGCUCACCUCAAUUGUGUAUUCGCCCACCUCACGCUCCUUAAUCAACGCUUCAACCUUAUAGAUCCCAAGGAGACUGAAAUUCUGGGAGAUCUAGAGGCCGCCCUUCUGGGUGACUCGACAUCCGCGCCUUCGCAGACCUUAGCCAUCCAGGAGACUCCGACCACUACGACCACCACCAGUACCACUUAGAUCGCCGCGAUGCGUCAUAGUGAGCGAGCAGAGGUUUCAGUUCCUGAGACUAGGUGACGAUAGGCGAUUUGUUCAUUUGUUUGGUUUCUUUCGGCUCCUGUUUUUCUUUUUAUAGAUUGUAUGCGAAAAAUAUAGAGUUUAUUAUAACGCGAUCGGCCGAUAUGUAUUGAGAAAAAGGGAGAGAAUGAUUAAGUGUGUGAAUGAGUGAGAGCGAAAACAAAUGAGUGAGUAAGAGAAUGAGUGAAGCAGAAUGUGUGAGAGGAAGAAAGAGAGAUCGAAGGAGAGUAAGAGCGCGGCUAUACUGUAAAAACAAGAAAAAAGAUACUAGUAGUACCUGUACAUAGUAAAGUGUGAACAACACUAUAUGAUGUAAUUAGGUUCCUCUGUUUGUUGUUUGUGUGAGAGUGUACAUAAUUUAUUAAAUGGUAAGAUAUAUGGAGAGAAAGAAAAACGAGAAUGGAUAAGAGACGAGAAAAGAACAGUGAAAGAAUGUGUGUGAAAGAGAGAGAAAGAGAGAGCAACAGAGAACGAGUAUUGAUUAUUAUUGACAAAGUUAGUUGCUAAAUAAGAAGUACUUUGUUCUGUAAAAAAUGAAUACAAUAAUAAUAUUGUAAAGUUAAAUCAAUACCAAAUAUAUACCCUGGUGUUAA